UAAACGGCGUACCUCUGGUGAGGGAAAACGAACUGCAUACUUUUUACACGUGGGACUGUUUGAACGUUAGAUUUUUGUCCCUACACGGACUAUUUACGAGGACGGUCAAAAUAAUGUGUGUUUACUUGCUUGUCUUCAUAAUUUUUUUCUAUUUCACCUGGAUAAAAUGCAUCUACUAUCGACACCAACGAACUUUGGCGAAUUCGUUGAAACACUUAAUGAAUACUACACCAGAAAAAAACAGAAACGGCACCGACAUCCGAGCUGUAAUUGUAACUGCGCAUCCGGAUGAUGAAUGUAUGUUCUUCGCGCCAACGAUUAUACGACUCGUUGAGUUAAAUGCCAGCGUUCAUCUGUUGUGUUUAUCUGAAGGAAACUUCUACAACCAAGGAGCUCAGCGUAGAGAAGAACUUCACAGAAGCUGUGCUGUGUUGGGAAUACCAACCUCAAGAAUCACCAUAAUGGACCAUAGAAAACUUCCAGAUGAUCCCAAAGCCGAGUGGAGCAUUUCCUUGGUCUCCUCUCUAAUCAUGAAGCACAUAAGAGCACACUCCUUCAACAUGGUGCUGACCUUCGAUGGAAGCGGAGUGAGCGGCCAUGCCAAUCACAUAGCCAUCCAUAAAGCGGUCAGACAUCUUGCCUCCACUGGAGAAGUGCCUAACGACUGUGUGCUGCUCUCCCUGGUGACAGUUGGCCUUCUCAGGAAGUACGUCUCUGUCCUGGAGCUUCCCCUCAGCUGGCUGCUGCCCUCACAUAUUUUCUGUAUUACUGGCUCACAGGGCUACAAGCAAGCCAAAGCUGCCAUGCUGUGUCAUCGCACUCAACUUUUGUGGUUUCGGUAUCUCUACAUCGCAUUCUCUCGAUACAUGUUUGUGAACACGUUCCACGUGAUUCCACAGGGACCAAAAGAUCUUAAGAUCUUCUAAAAGUUUGUCUUGUCCUGUUUUUGAACGUUCAGUCUUCUCAACACACUGGAAAGGAUUCAGCAGACUUCUCUGGUCCUUUAUUCUCUUUACCAGUCUGAAGAGCUUUAUGUGCACUUUCCAUGACCAAAGCUCACAACAUUUAAAGUUCUAUUUAGUGACAUCAAAGCCUUUUUAGUACAGAAACAACUUUAUUCUGUUAAGUCUUAACACAGUAUACAACAGCACUGGCAGUUUUGAGAUUGUUGAACACUAUUUUUGAUAAUUGAUAAAGUUUGAUUCUUA